CCCAAUCUCUUUCACUCCCAAAAAACAAAUCUUUGAAUUCCAGUCCUUUUAAUUUCAUCCAACAAAAGGAAGCUCAAUGGCCGGAAUAGGACCUCUAACUCAAGACUGGGAGCCCGUCGUUAUUCGCAAAAAAGCCCCUAACGCCGCCACCAACAAGGAUGAGAAAGUCGUCAACGCCGCUCGUCGUGCCGGUGCCGAGAUCGAAUCCGUCAAAAAAUCAAAUGCUGGGACGAACAGGGCAGCAUCUAGUAGUACUUCUCUCAAUACAAGGAAGCUUGACGAGGAAACUGAAAACCUUGCACAUGACCGAGUGCCAACUGAACUGAAGAAAGCCAUUAUGCAGGCUCGAAUGGACAAGAAACUUACCCAGGCUCAACUUGCACAGUUGAUAAAUGAGAAACCCCAGAUCAUACAAGAGUACGAAUCCGGAAAAGCCAUUCCUAAUCAACAGAUAAUUGGUAAACUCGAGAGGGCCCUUGGUACGAAGCUGCGAGGAAAGAAGUGAGACAGGCUGUUUUCUUGUAGAAACAAGAACUAGAACAAUCAAAUAUCUACCAGUAUCUUCGAGUCAUAAAACUUAUGGAGUGUAAAUGAAUGUUUCUCUACCAUCAUGGUUUGCUUGUAAGUACAAUCUUUGUGUGGUGACUGUAUGACUAUGAAAAUGAAGUGUGUUUCUUUGACUGUUA